AUGAGCAGCGAGGACCACAAGUAUGAUGUUAAUAGCGUCGAGAAGAACCAGCCCGACGUUGGAGUUUAUGUCGUUACUGACGGAAGGCACCAGUUCGACGUCGCUUCUGUUCAGAUGAUUGCUAUAUGUCGUGUCACGAGAGCUGGAACGCUCGGUACAGGACUUUUCCUGGGUUCUGGGAAAGCUCUCAGUGGCGCAGGCCCCCUCAGUGCCCUUAUCGCAUACGCCCUCGUAGGCUCAGUGGCAUACUCAUCGCUGUGUUCCAUCGUGAGAUUCCCCCAUUUUGCCGCACGAUGGGUCGACCCUGCACUUGGUUUCGCAGUUGGAUGGAACUACUUUUAUGUGAGCUAA